CGAUCCGCCCUCGCAAGUCCUUGGCUCCUUCUCCAUCUCACGCCGAUCAGCCCCAAAUGUUCCCGCGAAUCCUCGGUGCCAUCGUUUGCGCGAUCCGGCUUCCGCAACGACGGCCCAGGCCAGCAUGCAUCCGAUACGUCUCGUACAAGGCGUUCAUCUGCGACACCGAAACGACCGGGUUCUCGCCGGGGCGAAAUCAAAUCAUCGAGAUGGCGAUCCAGGAGGCCUCGUGUUUCGCGGGCCCGACUCGGUCGAACCCACAACAUAUCUCGCUCCUGGUCAAUCCCAAGAGCCAUAUCGCCAACCAGCACAUCCACGGCAUUAGCGACCAGAUGGUGGCGAGUGCGCCCGUCUUUGCCACCCAAUGGAACCGCAUCGUCGGCUUUGUCCAGGACCGUUGCGGACCAGGGGUGGCUCCCUUGAUCUUGGCCCACAACGCAAAGUUCGAUGUGAGGAUGAUCAAUGCCGAACUCAGCCCGGCCCAGCGCCUGCAGCUGACCCAUUGGCGAGCGGCCUGCACGUUGGUUGGGUUUCUGCGACCCAUGGUGCCGCUCAAGAAGCAUUCCCUGGCCGCUCUAUCGGAGCACUUUGGCCUGUCGCCUGUCGUCCAUCGGGCCCUCGACGACGUCCGUGCCCUCGACGAGAUCGUGGCCCGGGUGAGCCAGGGCCGCGAGGACGAGAUCCUGCAGCUCUUGGUCGCCAAGAGCUUCCCGUUCGUCUCUGAUCAGCACCCCGGGUGCUCCUGCGCUGCCCAAGACAAUGUUAUAUCUCGGUUGCCCAAGGACGGCCCGGGUCCGUCGAGACGGCCAAAAUCCCGUGCCAUCAAACAUGCCGGGUCAGUACGCCCGCUCUCGGACUCGAGCGCAACGCAUUCGGGGCACGAGCAACCGCAUACCCGGGAUGUCCAAGCCAUCACACCCACUUGGCCCAGAUGACCAAUGCAACCGGUGCCUUGGCAUGCGAAUGAACGGCAAACGGACGAGACGAAUAUAUCACUGUUGUUGUUGGAUCGGACGGCGCCUGUGUCUGCA